AAAGCGUGGUAGACUUGUUGGUUCCAAAGAUAAAAAUCCAAGAAUGAAGAGAAAGCAGAAUGCUGGCUCCAUUGAAAUUGUAAAGACUCAAAAGUUCUCUAAACAACAGCUAGAAAAUGCAUCUAAAGAAAUAAUCCCAAAAAAGGUUCAAGUUGUUGAAAAUAAUGAAGGUGCAGAUAUUGCAAAUAAUGAUGAGAUCUCAAUAAAUUAUAGUUCCACUGGGAUAAAGUGGAAUCGAAAUGAUGUUGUCAUUAACGAUGUUUUUGCAUUUGCUAUAGCAAAUUAUAUAGUCAAUGAAAAUGAGGAUCUUGAACCGAAAUCCAUUGAAGAAUGCCAACAAAGAAGUGAUUGGCCAAAAUGGAAAGAUGCAAUUCAGGCAGAAUUGAAAUCAUUAGAAAAACGCCAAGUUUUCGGACCAAUUGUCCAAACACCCAAUGAUGUAAAGCCUGUUGGUUAUAAAUGGGUGUUUGUGAGAAAACGAAAUGAGAAAAAUGAGGUUGUGAGAUACAAAGCCAGACUGGUAGCUCGAGGCUUUACACAAAUACCUGGCGUUGAUUAUGUGGAAAUAGAUUCUCCUGUGAUGGAUGCAAUUACAUUCAGGUUUCUAAUAACUUUAGCAGUUUCUGAAGGCCUUCAAAUGCGCCUGAUGGAUGUUGUAACUGCUUACUUAUACGGAUCACUUGAUAGUGACAUUUAUAUGAAAGUCCCUAUUGGACUUAAAAUGCAUGAAGCUUACAACUCAAUGCCAAGAGAGAUAUUUUCAAUAAAAUUAAAACGAUCUCUAUAUGGCUUGAAACAAUCAGGGCGAAUGUGGUCAAAAUCUGGUUUUGCUAUCAUUGCUGUAUAUGUUGAUGAUAUAAAUAUCAUUGGGACAUCUGGAGAGCUCGAAAAGGCAAUUGAAUGUUUAAAGAAAGAAUUCGAGAUGAAAGAUCUCGGGAUAACAAAAUUUUGUCUCAGUCUACAGAUCGAGUACUUAUCAAAUGGAAUUUUUGUCCAUCAACUCAAUUAUGUUGAAAAGAUAUUGAAGAGAUUUAAUAUGGACAAAUCUCAUCCUUUAAGCUCUCCAAUGGUUGUUCGAUCCCUUGAUGUAAAGAAAGAUCCUUUUCGACCUCGUGAAGAUAAUGAAGAAAUUCUUGGUCCUGAGGUACCAUAUUUAAGUGCUGUAGGUGUAUUGAUGUAUUUAGCUAACAAUACGCGACCUAAUAUCGCGUUUUCUGUAAAUUUGUUAGCAAGAUAUAGUUCUGCACCAACACGAAGACAUUGGAAUGGCAUUAAACAUUUAUUCCGUUAUCUUCAAGGAACAAAAGAUAUGGGAUUAUUUUACUCAAAGCACUCAAAACUAGAGUUAGUUGGAUAUGCAGACGCUGGAUAUUUGUCUGAUCCAAAUAAAGGGAGAUCACAAACUGGAUAUUUAUUCACAUAUGGUGGUACCACAAUUUCUUGGUGUUCAACCAAACAGACCAUUGUUGCCACAUCCUCAAAUCAAUCAGAAUUAAUUGCCCUAUAUGAGGCUAGUCGAGAAUGUGUAUGGUUAAGAUCUUUGAUCCAGCAUGUUCAAGUAACAUGUGGUCUUAAAGCAAUUACAGGAAAUUCGACCUUAUUGUAUGAGAACAAUACUGCAUGUAUUGCACAAAUAAAGGGAGGAUUUAUCAAAGGAAAUAGAACCAAGCAUAUUUCUCCAAAGUUUUUCUCUACACAUGAACUUGAAAAUGCUGGUGAAAUAGAUGUUCAGCAAAUCAGUUCAAAUGAGAAUCUUGCAGAUCUCUUCACCAAGGGACAAGAAAAAGCAAGCUUAUGGAAAUCGAUGGAGAAGGAGCAAAGGAGGACCAUGGGGAGAAAAGAAAGAGGAGGCCAGUUGAGAGGGCUACAUAGAAGAAGAGAUGAUGGAGGCACAGAAGAGGAGGUCGAUGAUCGAGGCAGUUCUUUUACCUCAUCUUCUCCCACCGCUAUUCAUCACAAAUCUUAUUGGACUGCAAUUGCGAGUCCCAUUUCUCCAAUGACCUAGCGACAUUGGUGGAAAAAUGCAAUCCAUUCCCAUUCGCCAUUUAAACCACGCUGCGAGGAGUUGUGUUCUUGUAUUCUUGCAUAUAUAUGGUUUUGUAGAUGACAAAUAGAUUUUUCUUUGCAUAUAAUUAAUAGUUCUGAAACUGACAUUUCUAUCUUGAAUAGGAUCUUGUGUUCACACAUAACUAUCAUGUUAGUCAUGAUCUCGGAAAUCUUUCUAAUAUAAAUGUAUUAUAUCU